CGCUAAGGCGGACGGACUACUUCCUGCUAGAGGUUCCGGGAGGAGGAGGAAGCUGCGGCCGCCCACGGUGGACGCCCUCAGCCCCAGGGCAUUGCCGUAGGGCGUUCAGUUUUCCUCACUUGUGGCAAAACAAGCCAAGAGGAGGAACAGACACAGCCCUGGUAGUUGUGGUCCGGCCCUCAUUCUACAGAUAUGGCAAACAAGGGGAACAAGAAACGUCGGCAGUUCUCCCUAGAGGAGAAAAUGAAAGUGGUGGAAGCUGUGGACUCAGGCAAGAGGAAAGGCGAUGUGGCAAAAGAAUUCGGUAUCACUCCUUCUACUUUGUCUACAUUCUUAAAGGAUCGUGCCAAAUUUGAAGAAAAGGUGCGGGGGGCAUCUGUGGGACCCCAGAGGAAAAGGAUGAGGAAUGCUCUUUAUGACGACAUUGAUAAGGCUGUUUUUGCUUGGUUUCAAGAAAUCCAUGCCAAAAACAUUCUCGUGACUGGUUCUGUCAUUCGGAAAAAAGCACUAAACUUGGCCAACAUGCUUGGCUAUGACAAUUUUCAAGCAAGUGUGGGCUGGCUGAACAGAUUUCGGGAUCGCCAUGGAAUUGCUUUGAAAGCAGUCUGCAGAGAGGAUAGUGACAGAUUAAUGAAUGGUCUAGGAAUAGAUAAGGUUAAUGAGUGGCAUGCAGGGGAAAUUAUAAAACUAAUUGCUGACUACAGCCCAGAUGAUAUCUUUAAUGCUGAUGAGACAGGAGUGUUUUUCCAGUUGCUUCCCCAGCACACACUUGCUGCUAAAGGGGACCAUUGUAGAGGGGGCAAGAAAGCAAGGCAGCGGUUGACAGCACUCUUUUGUUGCAAUGCUUCAGGGACUGAAAAAAUGAGACCAUUGAUUGUUGGUAGGUCAGCCAACCCACGCUGCCUCAAGAAUGUCCAUUCCCUCCCUUGUGACUACCGAGCCAACCAGCAGGCGUGGAUGACACAGGAUCUGUUUAAUGAGUGGCUGAUGCAAGUGGAUGCCAGAAUGAAGCAGGCAGAACGCCGGAUCCUCCUGCUGAUUGACAACUGCUCCGCUCACAACAUGCUUCCACGCUUGGAAAGGAUUCAGGUGGGGUAUCUGCCCUCAAAGUGUACUGCCGUCUUGCAGCCACUGAAUCUUGGCAUAAUUCAUACCACAAAAGUGCUGUACAGGAGCCACCUGCUAAAACAGAUCCUCCUCAAGCUCAACAGCAGUGAAGAUCAAGAAAAAGUGGACAUCAAGCAGGCCAUUGACAUGAUUGCCGUGGCAUGGUGGUCAGUCAAGCAGUCCACAGUGGUGAAAUGCUGGCAGAAGGCAGGCAUCAUCCCUGUGGAAUUGAUAGAUUCUGAUGCAGAAGCAGCAGCCAGUGAACCAGAUAUUGCCAUUGAAAAGUUGUGGCACUCAGUGGCUAUUGCCACCUGUGUCCCAAAUGAAAUAAAUUUCCAGGACUUUGUCACUGCAGAUAAUGAUCUCAUCAUCUCUCAGGAGCUGCUGGACACAGAGGUCAUCCAGGACAUGGUGGCUGGUGAAAGUACUGAUGAAGCUGGAAGUGAAGAUGAGGGGGAGGCAUCUUUACCACAGCAGCCAAAAGUCACCAUCACAGAGGCCAUCUCAAGUGCACAGAAACUUAGAUGGUUCCUUUCCACUUGUGUAGGUGUUCCUGAUGCCAUUUUUGGACAGCUAAAUGGCAUAGAUGAAUAUUUAAUGAGAAGAGUGACACAAACUCUUGUUGAUUCCAAAAUUACAGAGUUCCUCCAAAUAAAAUAAUGUAGAAAUUAA